CACACAUACUGUAUACACACACUCCCUCCUCUCUUCCACCCUAUUCCCAGUAGGGUGUUCCAGCAGCAGCAAGCCAGGAUUGCAGGAAGCAGGAGUAACACGGCUGAGUGGUUUACAGGCUACAGCCCUCCUCUCUCCAGACUCAUCCUGCUACGCCGAGAGGAGAGACUAACGCUACUGCUGCUCUUUCAUAGUAUUCUUUGCCUUUUCCUGAUCGUUUUUUCCCUUUUUUUUCUAUAAUUCCACGUAAUUUUAUGUCUGCUACUUGAAGAGCAAGACUUCAAGAAGUAUUUUUUUGAUUAUAUAUAUAUAUUUUUUUAAAAUGGUAAUGAAGGUGGCAGAACUGGGAGUCUUUUAAAGCACGUGGAGAAAGGCUUAAAGGCAUAUGCUUAAACUAUGGGGAAGUCCAACAGCAAACUAAAGCCUGAAAUGGUGGAGGAGCUGACCAGGAAAACCUACUUCACAGAAAAAGAGGUACAACAAUGGUAUAAGGGUUUUAUUAAGGACUGUCCUAGUGGUCAGUUGGAUUCAGCUGGCUUCCAGAAGAUCUACAAGCAAUUCUUCCCCUUCGGUGACCCCACCAAGUUCGCCAGCUUCGUUUUCAAUGUGUUUGACGAGAACAAGGAUGGACGUAUUGAGUUUGCCGAGUUCAUCCAGGCCCUGUCGGUCACCUCCAGAGGGACCCUGGACGAGAAGCUCAGAUGGGCCUUCAAGCUUUACGACCUGGAUAACGACGGUUACAUAACUCGGGACGAGAUGCUGAAUAUUGUGGACGCCAUUUACCAGAUGGUGCCGCGCGUACAGGGGAACACGGGGAACACGGUGGAAUUGCCUGAGGAAGAAAACACACCAGAGAAAAGAGUGGACCGAAUCUUUGCCAUGAUGGACAAGAACGCAGACGGAUUGUUGACCCUGAAGGAAUUCCAGGAGGGCUCCAAAGCAGACCCGUCCAUCGUCCAGGCUCUAUCGCUGUACGACGGGCUGGUUUAGCAGUGAGUACACUCCCCACAGUGAGUACACUCCCCACAUUGUCCGUGAUGGCCUGUUAACGUGGUGUUACCCUGCUAAGUGAGUGAUGGAGUCUGCUACCUGUCUCGUCCUCUGACUCCUGCUCAGCCUUUUAGGGAAGCUGACAAUGGUGGGCCGCUGCUGUCAAUCAUUCAUCAUCACCAUGGUUUCCAGGAUUAGAGUAAAUUCAACAACCAUAAACUCGUUUGCCUUCGCAGAAGCUAGUGCCGUCGAUGUGCUUACAAGACAUUUCUCUGAGAGACAGAAGGAAGUUAGGUACUUUUCUGUGGGAGGAAGAAGGGCCAGGGUUCAUUAGGCACCAAACAGGAAAAGUAGACAAACAGGGCGGGACUACCUGGACUUUGUCCAAUAAGAAAUGUUCAUUUUGUUGCGAAACAUCUUUUUAAAAAUUCAAUUGCAAAGCCUAAUGAACAUUGAACAACAUGGGACUGAACACAGGCUACUAGUCUACGGACCAUGGAUCUAAGCAGUUACCAUCUUUAUAUAUUUAUGUUCUGUGAUACAGAGCAUCAGUUUAAUAUGCUGCAGCCAACGACAAGAAACUGCUAAUGACACGCUGACUGUCUUUUAGAACGCUUGGGAAAGCCAACCUUAUUUAUUUAAUUGGAUUUAAAUAACAGCAGCUCAUGUUUGACAUCAGCAUGAAUUAAUAUUGAUUCUGUGUUCCUGCCGCACAAAGCUUUAAUUGUUGAAGUACGUUUUUGAUUUCAACACCAACUAAAAACUGCAAAGCGAACAGGGCCCAAUUACAGAUGCUGUAUGAGUUUGAGCCAACUAUUACAGAGAUGCAUAGAAAUGAAAUGCUGAGCAGUUGCUUAUCUAUGAGCAGUCCUAGAGGCUUACACUACUGAAUUACGGACACUAUAAUCAGUGUAUUCUCUCAAAUUCCCAUCAUAACUGAACCGUUGUGUGGUCAUGCGACAUACAAUAUAAAUUUAUGAGAUGGAAAAGGGUGGAACGACACGGAUUGUGGAUCACUUGAAACUUGAUUGAAAUCUUGAACGCUAGGUCAACAAGUACGAUGCAAAAUAAGUGUUCAAAUAGAUGUCUUUGCAAAUGACUUCAAAUGCAUGUUAGACGCAUUAUGUUUGUGUGUAAAUACUAAGGUGACUGACUAUAUGCACUGUCGCCAUAAUCGUCAGGUUGGUUAUUUUAAGUCAGUACCCUGAUAUGUAAAACAUCCUCUGUGGUAGAAAAGCAUUUAGUGACCCUUUUACUUAUCACUCCAUUGAACUAGACAAUGAACAUUUCACCACAAAGAAAAUGAUUUCCCUCCCUCUGUAAUGGGUGUUGUUCAUCGCUCUAUGGUAAUGACUGGGGCACCAUUUGCUUGUCCUUCCAUCGCUACUGCUUCAGUGAAAUAGAUUUUCCUUUGAUUUUUUUUGUACUGUGCACAAACUCUUCUCUCACAAAUAUCAAUUGAAUAGGUGUUUUUAAGAGUUUGAGAGAAGUUGCAACUGCUGUAGUCGAGGGAAUGGUGAGAGAAGUGUUUAAAUUAGCUGUAUAAAAACUCAUCUUACCUGUACAUAGAUAAACCUGUUGGCAAAUUUAAGGUCUUUUGAUUGGCCUUGUAUGUUGAUAUCCUCAAAUUGCAGAUUUCAUUCAGUAUUUUUCACCAUGAUGCAUCUGGAGUGACCCAAUGUACAGUAUGUGGCAUGCUGUGUGAUUAGAAACAAGCUACAAGUCAUGUAGGCUUAAUCAGUAUGAAUUUUAGUUUAUCACUGUUGACAAAUUUUUCAAUUAAAUUCAGUAUCAUAUGAUUAGACAGGGUUUGUCUUGGUAUCAAUUGCCUUGGUAUCAAACCAAUUCUCACAGCAUUUAAGGACACUAUACUGUAAAUAAUAUAAACUGUUAACCUCACAGUAUACAUAAAAGUGCUCAUUGUUGACAAGACUAUGAACAGACUAUUCUUAAUAUUGAAAGUGAAAACAUUGACUGACCAUCCCAAAUCCAAAUGGCAUACAAAUGUAAAUGUCAGUUGGUCUCCUUACUCAGUACAUGACAGAGGUAGUUGUUUUUGUCUUCAGUGUUUUUGAAAUAAAAGAGCUGCUUUCCUUCA